AUGAGUGCACAAAAUAUUACAGCCAACCAAGCAUUUGCCACGCUAGAAGAACAAUUGCAAGCACCCCUCCUUGGAGAUCAACCUGGUUUAAAACCUCAAAAACCACCUGGACAAAAGGCAAUCAGGAAAACCUUCAAGGGAACAGCCCAUUUGGCCAAUCUUCUCCCCACAGAUAGCAUCAGGGAUGAGCGAGGGAAAGUUCGGUAUGGCAUGGCGACAUUUCGUGGAUUGUGGAUUAUUGAUGGUUCAAUCACGGUUUCUCCCGAGGAUGCUCCAAAAUACAGGAUAAAGUUCAUUGAUUUUUUUCAUGCAUUCAUGUCAGUACUGGUUUUUGGUGCUGUGGCAAUGUUUGAUCAAAAUGUGAUUAACUGUUUCUAUCCAUCAAGAUCAGAAGAAGCUCAGGAGUUUCUGACUGCACUGCCUGUUUUCGUUGGUAUUGUUUGUAGUAUAAUAUUCGUUGUAUUCCCAACCAAGAGACAUGGAAUUGGCUUUCCCCUCUCUCGCGCUUGA